AUGGGCAGCGUUGAGGCCCUGAGGCAGCAACAGACCUCGGUCACGUUGAAGGACAGGGAGGCAGCCACCAUGGCUGAAGGGGAGCUACUGGGCGUGAGGUGGGUGAGCCAGCGGCGGUUGAUUCCUGUGUCUCCCCAGGCCAGCAGAGACAGCCGCCUCUCCUUCUGUACGAAGAUGUGCUAUGGCAUCGGUGGGGUCCCGAACCAGGUGGCCUCCAGUGCCACUGCCUUUUACCUGCAGCUCUUCCUGCUUGAUGUGGCCCAGAUCCCUGCUGCCCAGGUGUCACUUGCCCUGUUUGGAGGGAAGGUGUCUGGGGCAGCCGCUGAUCCUGUGGCUGGGUUCUUCAUCAAUAGAAGCAGGAGGACAGGAUCUGGACGACUCAUGCCCUGGGUGCUGGGCUGCACGCCCUUCAUCGCCAUGGCCUACUUCUUCCUCUGGUUCCUACCCCCCUUCACCAGCCUGCGAGGCCUCUGGUACACCACCUUCUACUGCCUGUUCCAGGCCUUAGCCACGUUCUUCCAGGUGCCAUACACAGCACUCACCAUGCUCCUGACCCCCAGCCCCAGGGAGCGAGACUCGGUCACUGCCUACCGGAUAACCAUGGAGAUGGUGGGGACGCUGAUGGGAGCCACCGUCCACGGGCUCAUCGUAUCUGGCGCUCAUGGGCCCCACGGGUGUGAGGAUGCUGCACUCCCCAGGCAGGCCACCGUGUCCCCCGACGCGACGCGUCUCUACUGCAUUGCAGCCGCCGUGGUGGCUCUGACUUACCCCGUGUGCAGCAGUUUGCUGUGUCUGGGGGUGAAGGAGAGACCAGCUGCCUCUGCCCCAGCCUCAGGCCAAGGCCUGAGCUUCCUGGCUGGGCUGGGCCUCACUGCCCGGCACCCACCCUACCUGAAGCUCGUGGUCUCCUUCCUGUUCAUCUCAGCCGCCGUUCAGGUGGAGCAGAGCUACCUGGUGCUGUUCUGCACACACGCCUCCCGGCUACACCACCACGUGCAGAGCCUCGUGCUAACCAUCCUGGUCUCGGCCGUGCUGAGCACCCCGCUGUGGGAGUGGGUUCUCCAGCGGUUUGGGAAGAGGACCUCGGCCUUUGGGAUCUGUGUGAUGGUGCCUUUCGCGAUCUUGCUGGCCGCUGUGCCCACAGCCCCCGUGGCGUACGUCGUGGCCUUUGUAUCUGGCGUGAGCAUCGCUGUGUCCUUGCUGCUUCCAUGGUCCAUGCUGCCAGACGUCGUGGAGGAUUUUGAACUGCAGCACCAGCACGGCCCGGGUUUGGAGACCAUCUUCUACUCCUCCUAUGUCUUCUUUACUAAGCUUGCGGGCGCAGGCGCGCUGGGCAUCUCCACCCUCAGUCUGGAGUUCUCGGGCUACCAGGCGGGAGCCUGCCAGCAGGCAGAGGAGGUGGUCGUGACCCUCAAGGUCCUCAUUGGAGCUGUGCCCACCUGCAUGAUCCUAAUCGGCCUGUGCAUCCUCAUGGUUGGUCCCGCCCCCAAGGCGCCACGCCAGGACACCUCCCGGCAGCUGAGCCUUCAGAGGAGGACCAGCUACAGCCUCACCUAACGCAGGAGCGCGGGAACCGGCGCGCUGCUCCACGGCCCUUCCGCACCCACAGCUUCCACUGAAGACCGCCUCAGAGAGACCUAUGCCCUGCUCGCUCCAGCUCUGCCUGCGCCGCCCAACAGCAACUGAUUCUAGAGUAAGGAAGCCCCCUGGCCCGCCCCAGCCCAGCUCCCCCAGCAGCGGGACA